GGUGUGACCACCAAAAGGAAUCCACAUUCUACCCGGCCACGGCUGAGCUGUCUGGCCUGGGAAGAAGAGGGUCUGCUGCAGAGGACUGGAGUGGCCACUCUGACUGCCAGCCUUCUUCCUGGGGCUGGCCAGCCUACUCGAAUUCAGGCUUCACGGAGGCCUACACGGAGGCCUCCCUGGAAGCCCCGCCCAGCCGCCGAUCAGCUGAGAGGCGCCCGGGAGAAAAGCAGCUUGCCUGCUGCUUGGAUGGCCGACCAGGAGGACCAGCAGGAGGGAGGGCAAACAGGUGUCUUCACGGUUGAGGAGGAUGGAUGGUUUCUCCAGACCGUGGACACCGAAUGGUCUUGUGAGAGUCCUGACAUCCAAGAGGCCAAGAUCCCAGAAGACAACACUAAGGAUCAGGAGCUGGACGUGGAGAGCUUUGUCAGUUCCCCGAGUGUCCAUAGGCCAAGCACCGUGUUGAGGAGGCUGCAAAACACCGCCGCUGACCAAGAGCCAUCCCUUGGAGAGAGUUCUUCCUUCCCGGGGGCCGAGACUCCACAUGCCAGCGUGGAGGAAGAGGGGUCGGAAGGGGACUGUGCCACCAGUUCCCCCAGAGUCCCGAAGCCAAAGAUGUGGCUCAUCAAGAAGAUGAUGAAGAACACCUACACGGUGGAAGACUCGUCCUCUGCGGAGUGCUCCUCUACGGACGAGGACGACACGAUGCAUGACAUCAGCAGCAUCGAGGACGAGGUGUGGGACUCUCCGCUGACCCCCAGUUCGGCCAGGAACAUCGGCGAAGAGGAAAGAAGAGGACAGCUGGCCCCAGAUUGGUUCUCCUCGGUCCAUCUGGGAGAGGGGAGAGCAACAAGGAAGAUCGGGGAUGUCGUCCGGUGUGUGGAGUAUGCCAGUGAGGUGGAGGAGAGGUUCCCCGAACUCCUGGUGGGCCUGGUCAACAAGAUCCUCACCGGCCUGCAGAACACCACCGAGGGAGUCGGGAACCGAGACAGCCAAGACCUGCCUCCUGAGGAGACCGCGCAGAUUGUCCGGACCCUGCUGGAGAGGGUGGCACAGGUGACCCCGGAGAAGACCUGCUGGGAAUCCCUGUGCUCUACGCAGAGCUGCCUCCAGGGUGUGGCCCUCUUGGUGAGGGCUCUCCUCCAGACACGGUCCUCCACAGUGGCCAGGCUGAAGGCAUACCUGGCUUCCCUCUUCAGCCUGGACAAAGAUCCAGAAGAGCAUUCCCUCGCAGAGGUGGCCUUCUUUGUGGAGCUGCUCCUGAAAGACCAAGACUUUGCUGCCUUAGAGAAGACCUGGAGGCUCCUGGUAGCGUGGCUAGUCCACCCCAGCCAGAACAUCCGCUACCUGAGCGAAAGGGGACUUCUCCAAAUUUAUGGCACCCUGAAGGCGGCCAAGAAACCCCAGGAUUUUAGUGCUGGGAUCCUGGGAGGGCUCAGGACCUCCAGUCUGGAAGCCACUUUGGGGGUCCUGGCCUUCAUGGAGCGGCUGAGGCACUGUCCAUCAGAACACCAGGCCACGGUGAAUGCUGUCCUGGCUGCCCUGUGCCGCCCUCUCUUCCACCACGAGGAGGCUAAGAUCCGAAGGGCAGCCAUGAGGACCCACCUGGAUCUCCUGCAGCACUGCCACCACCAUCAUGAGGGUACAGAGGAGAACAUCACGACCCUCAUCGCGGUGCUGAUGCAUGUGGAGGAUGAAGACCUGGAGGUAGCACAGGCUGCGAAGGACAAUCUGAGCCUCCUGGCGGAAGCCCUCCUAUGGCACCUGGAGGGCAAGCUGCUGGCUCGGGACUCUUACAGCCUGCAGGAGCUGCUCCACAAGAUCGCCAAGCGUCUGAUUCGGCAGCUCGGCACAGAGGACGCCGUGGAGAUGGAGGCCACCAAGAUCCUGGGCUUCUUCCGCAGCGAGCAGCCUUCAGUGAGGAGAACGGCUGCCCUGCUGAUCGGUCACCUGGUCCACAAAAAGGGCAGCAUCCUCACUGAAGGGAACAUAGAGACCUUCCAUGCUGCGCUGGAGAGCUUGCUUGGCGACCAUGACCCCGAGGUCGGGAGAGUUGCCUGCAAGACAGAGAAGAUCGUGAAGAAGGCCUUUUCCCUCCACUCCCGGCACGGGCUGCGGGCUGCCGUUCGGCGCUUGUGGGCGGGCUGUAAGAAGAAGAGACACCCGCCAGAGUACGGUGAUCUCUCCACCUGACCGACUGGAACAACAGCCCCGUGCUCUCCCCUUGAAGAUCAGCAGCUGAAGGGAGGUUCAGGAAAGACCGUGCAGCGCAGGGGCCUCCCAGAAGACCUCCUCCAACCGCGUGGACACAAGAUCUGUCCACAAGAAGACAUCCAGCAGGGAAGUGCAGUUCUGUCUGAGGA